AUGCAAAGGAAGAAUAAUCAUGAUGUCAUCUUUCUCUUGGAGACUAAAAACCCCAGUGAGAUGGUGUUGAAUGAACUUCAGUGGUUGCAAUCGAACAACUACUUUGUGGUUGAACCUCACAGUCCAAGAGGAGGAGGACUCUUCUUGUCCCGGAAAAAAAACAUCCAAGUAGUUAUCAACUCAUCAUCAUACAACUUUAUUGACACGACGAUUACAUACAAAGGGAAUUUCUUCCACACAACCUUUGUAUACGGAGAGCCAAACAGUACUAAACCACAACAGAUAUGGAGGACUCUGUCUAAUCUACAUCUAGCUACAGAAGAUCCUUGGUUCCUAACAGGAGAUUUCAAUGAGAUUGUGGACAAUAGUGAAAAAUGCGGAGGCCUCGUUAGAGCAGAAGGAACAUUUUGUGUGUUUAGGUCCUUUAUAUCACAAAAUGACCUUUUCGAUCUAAAGUUUACAGGAAGCUUCCUUUCUUGGAGGGGUAAAAGGCAUUCGCACCUGAUUCUUUGUCGGCUAGACAGAGCGAUGUGCAACAGCGCAUGGAUGGACAUGUUUCCCUCCUGCCGAAGCCAGUAUCUCAAAUUUGAGAGCUCUGACCAUAGACCGCUCAUAUCCUACUUGGACACAUCACGAAAGAAAAGUCAAAAGAUCUUCAGGUUCGAUAGACGACUAACUGAUGAUAUGGAAGUGAAUAACCUUAUUAAGGAGGUCUGGAGUAGUUCAUCUCACCUUAUCGUAGAGGCAAGACUUUCUCUGUGCCGACAUGCAAUCUGGAAAUGGUCAAAAGCAUUCCACGAGAACAGUCAGAAAAGAUUAAAGGAGACUAGAGAACUACUGGAUUUAGCGAUGGUGAAUCUCAUACCUGACGAGCCUCUGAUCCAUGAGCCCAAUGUGAAACUGCUCCAUCUAUACAAAGAAGAUGAGAGCUUCUGGAAACAGAGGAGUCGCCAACUAUGGCUCUCUCUAGGAGACUCAAACACUGGAUACUUCCAUGCAUCGGCAAAAGGAAGAUCAGCAAAGAAUAGGUUCUCUGUAAUAGAGAACAACUGUGGAGUCCCUGUGUAUGAAGAAGAUCAGAUUUCAGAAGUUAUAUAUGCUUUCUAUACGGAUCUCUUCCGCUCCUCAAGCUCAGACAGUAGGCAAACAGUGUGUGAUGCUCUUGCACCCUGCAUUACGAACGCAAAAAAUGAGGAGUUGAUCGCGAUCCCCCAAGCAAAAUAG